CCAAGCAUACCCUUUUCUUUAUCAAACAAUGAAGCCCAGAUUCAAGGAACUCUACAAGCACACGCCGACCGGCAGGGAGGUGCGCCAGCGUCGGCUCUCGCACGAAGCCCAGCUGCGCCGCUCCCACCGCGAGCAGCUGUUCAUGGGCAAGCGUCUGCGCUACCGUCUGACCGAGGAUUCCGAGACCGAAUCCGAAUACGAGUUUACGCCGUCCGACACGGCCAUCAUUACCCGCGGGCUCAAGAGCACCAACAAGGGGGAGCGCCUGGACUCCCUAAAGAACCUCAGCACCAAGCUUGAGCACCCGUCUGAGGAGCUGCGCCGCUUUGUGUCACACGGCGACUGCAUUGAUCUACUGCUGAAAUUCAUCAGCGCGACCGAGACCGACGAGAAGCUUCUGAGCGUCUGGUGCCUUACCAAUAUUGCUGCAAAUGAGAGCGCGCUGGCGGAGAAAAUCUUGCCGGCCACGCCGCACCUCAUCACUCUCAUUUCCAGCGAUAACCUGUUAGUGCCUGCCAGCGUUGUCUGGGGGCAAGGUCAAGGGAAGGGCGAUCCAAAACUGCAGGAACUGGUCAACCAGGCGGUGUGGACUCUGGGGAACUUGGCCGCUGAGAACGAGGAGAUGCGCGAGCACCUCUUUGCCAGCGGUGCUCUGAAGCCGCUUGUCGAACUCGCUGACACGACCACAAGCAGCAAGGUCCUUCAGACAGCAUGCUUCGCCCUGUCCAACAUGGCCCGCCGACCCAACUCGUUCUUUGACGAGCUCUUUGCUCUGAACCUGCAUACUGCACUGGCCAGCCAGCUGGCCAAGUUCAAGAGUGACAAGGGCUGCGUCAAGGAAAUCUCCUGGGUCUAUGCCUACCUGGCAGCAUCGAGCUCCGAGUCUCAGGUCAAUAAGCUCCUGGCAUCUGGGGCUAUCGAGCAGCUGCUAGACUAUGCUGGAACGGUUGAUCCCCCCGAUGUCUCACUGAUUCCGAUCAUUCGUACCCUGGGCAACAUUGUCGCCGGCACUGAUGCCCAGACCCAUGCAGUCGUCAGGCUGCCGCAGUUUGUGCCGCUUAUUGUGCGCUGCAUCAAAUCCUCCAACUCGCGCGCCGUGGAGAAGGAGUCUCUGUGGGUGCUGUCCAGUGUCACCGCCACCAAACCCGACAUCGACGCCUUUGUCAGCGCUGGCAUCGUCGAUGAGCUGACCAAGAUUGUCGAGACGCAGAACUUUGACAUCCGCAAGGAAGCCGCCUUCAGCCUGCUCAACAUUGCCAUUGCUGGCCAGCGCCUGGAGGAGCUGCCAAACGAGCGCCUGGUCUCGGCAUUUGUUGAGUUUAUUAAGAGCCAGGACCAGGAGCUGGUGCGGCUUGGCACCCAGUACCUGCAGAUAUUGCUGACCCAAAUUAAGGACAGACAGGGCGUGGAGCUGCUGAAGAAUGUGACCGGCGGCAUCGAUGCGCUGGAAAACGCUGUGGCGGUCUCUGAGGAUGAUGAUGUCAGGACCACUGGAUCAGCGCUGAUUGACAUCUACUAUGGCGAGGAUAGCACCAAGAUGGAAUGAAGCCUGGUCUUUGCUGUUCAUGGGGCUGCGGCUCGGUCGCAAUUAUUUACUUAUCUUUUUCAUUUUUAUGCCGUUCGUAUUAUAUAAAAAGGUCAGCCAUAUGGC